UAAUGCAGUAUUGUUGAUGUUUGUUUAUAUACUUGUCGCUGUACCUUCAAAUGCUAAUUUCAGCAUAUGAUUCGACGUUUUUUUUUAAAAAAUAAUUCACUGUUCAAUUUAAUAGUUAUCCGAAAUGUUCGCGCAUAUGAAGAUUCCUCCCUUAUCUUGUGAUACUUUCUCGGUUUUACCACCAGGAACUCUUGGUGACUGCGUAAUUUUCGGAAAAAAUUCCGAUCGCCCUUGUGAUGAAGUCCAAGAAGUAGUGUACGUACCGGCAACUGAUCAUCCUCAAUCAUCUAAGCUCAAAUGUACGUAUAUUGAAGUGAAUCAAGUACCUCACACAUAUGCUGUCAUUCUGAGUAAACCGUCUUGGAUGUGGGGAGCUGAAAUGGGAGCCAACGAACAUGGAUUAUGUAUAGGCAACGAAGCUGUGUGGACUGUGCUCAACGAUGAAAGCGAUUCCAUUGAAAAACUGCUGGGCAUGGAUUUAUUGCGUUUAGGUUUGGAACGUUCAAAAACAGCUGAAGAAGCAGUUCAUGUUAUAACCUCUUUAUUAGCAGAGUAUGGAAUGGGUGGGAAUUGUUCCGACUCCCUGCCCAAUUUUACAUAUCAUAACAGUUUUCUGAUAGCUGAUCCAUCAGAGGUGUGGAUUUUAGAAUGUGCUGGCACUCUUUGGGCAGCAGAAAGAAUCAAAGAAGGGGUUCGAAAUAUUUCAAAUGAGCUAUCUAUCCGAACCAACAUUAACUUGAAGUAUGAUGACCUUGAAAAAGUUGCUAACGAAAAAGGCUUAUGGAAUCCUAAAAGGCCUUUUGAUUUUAAGAUGGCAUUUGAUGUGGAUGAUGAUCUUGAAAGCCCUAGAUAUAAGGCUGGCAAGCAAUUGCUGACCAAUUUCUCUCAAAAUGGGGAAUUUAAAGCUACUGAUAUGUUUAAGGUGUUACGAGAUAAACCCAGUGGAAUAUGCAUGUCUUCUGGAUCAUUUGUAUCUACUGGUAGUCAAGUUUCAGUUCUGCAGAAACCUGAAUCUGGUCUGCCAUCGUGCCACUGGUUUACUGCCACUCCAGAUCCGUCUCGCUCUGUUUUUAAACCAUUUAUUUUUGGAGAAGAUAUUGCAUUCCCAAAUGCUGUUGUAUCCCCAAUUCCUGAUUCAACUGCAGCUACUUCAGAUGGUGUUGAUAGAAAGCAUAAUUUAUACAAGCUUCAUGAAGAGUUUUGUAUUAAACGAAGGGGCAAUCUUGGCACAUUGAGAAACCAACUAAGUGAAUUAGAGGCAAAAUAUGUUGAUCUUGCUGAAGAUAUUUCUUUAAAUUAUGGUGCAAAGAAGGCAGAAGCUGGCAAAUUAUUCUGUAAUGCUGUAGAGGAAGAAUCACUUUUAUAUUGUUAAUAUAUGGAUUAAAUACUCUUAUAUAAAACUGGUAAAUGAAGCAGAAUAAUGAAUUUCUAUGAAAAUAUGCAUUAUUGUUCAGCAUUAGUUAAUUAUUACUUUUUACUGCAUAUAGGAAGCAGAAUUGACUGAUUUAACUAGCCAGCUAGUAAUUAUUUUGUACAUCAAUUACAUAAAGAUAUAUUUUUUAUA